AUGUCCGAUUUGUUUACCGAGAAAGCAGGGGAGGAGCGUAAAGGGACGUCAAACGCGUCCGAUACGGAGGUGGUCGCUGACUCCUUCAGCGAGAAGGCAGAGCACGUCACUGAACAAGAUGAACAAUACCCACAAGGUUUGAAGCUCAUUGCCCUUGCAGGGGCUUCGCUAUCCGCUGUCUUUCUGAUUGCUUUGGAUCAGACCAUCGUCGGCACAGCAAUUCCAAAAAUCACUGCCGAGUUCAACGGGCUUGAUGAUGUUUCUUGGUAUGCCGCUGCCUACUUUAUGACAUUUGGAGCGGCACAAACCUCGGCCGGCAAGACCUACAAAUUCUUCAAUCUCAAAUGGACCUUCUUAUGGUCCAUGCUCAUCUUCGAGGUAGGCAGCCUCAUCUGCGGUGUGGCUCCUACCUCGAAAGCUCUUGUAGCAGGUAGAGCUAUUGCUGGUCUGAAUUUUGGGCUAAUAUCCGUCGUGAAAAGCGGAGGUGCUGGUUUAUCAGUAGGCGGCACGAGCAUCAUUUCCCUGACCGUUCCGCCAGUUCGGCGGCCCCUGAUGAUGGGUAUCAUCGGCAUGACUUAUUGUUUAAGUGCUGUCUUAGGUCCGCUCUUAGGCGGCGCCUUUACCGAAUCAGUUACCUGGAGGUGGUGCUUUUACAUUAACCUGCCCAUCGGGGGACUCGCCGCAGCCGCUGUUGUCUUCUUUUUCCACUUGCCCGCUGCCGCGGCGCCUCCCCCGGCUGCUUGGAAAGAGAGGUUGCUGCAUAUCGACCCAGUCGGCGUAGUACUAGUCAUGGGGGCUAUCACUUGUUUUAUUCUUGGGUUGCAAUAUGGAGGAAUCACCCACCCCUGGAACAGCAGCGUUGUCAUUGGUCUUCUCGUCGGCUUCGGUGUCCUCUCAGUUGCGCUGAUAACAUGGGAAAUCUGGAUCGGAGAGUACGCAAUGAUGAUGCCGCGCCUAUACCGGCGACGAUCCCUCUCGGCAACUGCCCCAUUCCAAUUCUUCUUCAUGGGAAGCUACAUUGUUCUGCUAUACUACCUCCCCCUUUACUUCCAGAGUAUUCUCGGCGUCAGCCCCAUUCGGUCCGGCGUGAACAAUCUUCCCCUCAUGGCAUCAGCCGCCGUUUUCGCGCUUGUGGGUGGAAUCGUUGUUAUGAAGACUGGUAGAGCGCAACUCGUUAUGAUGCUAGGGUCGAUGGUUACGACCGCCGCAAUUGGUCUUAUCUAUACUUUGGAUAUCGGAACUUCCACGGCUAGAUGGGCUGGCUAUCAAGUGUUUGUUGGCUCGGUCAUGUCCUUUGCCAUCAUGCAUGGCCUGGCUGUUGCUCAAGCUGACGUAGGUCCAGAAGACCUCUCAGCAGUGACGUCCAAUCUUUUAUUUGGAGGAGCCUUCAGCACCUCAAUAGGGCAGUCAGUCUUCGUCAAUAGACUGCUCCUCGCCUUGGCCGAGUCAGCUCCUGGCGUGGAUCCAAAUCUAGUGUUAUUCACGGGAGCCUCGGACCUGCAGCACGUCUUUUCUGAGGAAGUCCUCCCUGGGGUCCUCAAGGCAUACAUGGUCGGUCUGAAAGGUUCUUUCGCCGUUGCGAUAGCCUUCUGCGGUUGCGCCUUUCUGAUCUCGCUAGCUAUUCCUAUGAAGAAGCUUCCAAGCCAUGAGCCAGGUGAAGGCCCUGUGGCGAUGGCAUGA